AUGCUUGAAUUAUCUAAUCAAUUAAAGAAGAUGUCUAAUCAAAAUUGGACACUGAAUUUAGAAUACAAUACACAACUAUCGCCUGUCGGAUAUCGUUAUUUGGCUGAUAUUUUGUCCUCUACAAUUACAAUUGUUGAUCUAUGCGUUGCAAGCAAUGACAUGAGCGAGGAAGCGCGGACAAAUCUUCUUAAUAAUCUUUGGAAAAAUAAAACAUUGAAAAAUUUCAACAUAUGUAAUAAUAAACUUAACAAUCAAGACAUUGAAUAUGUUGGUCGUUUCAUACAAAACAAUUCUGUAAUUAAAGAAAUCGAUCUUAGCAUAUGUAAAAUCGAUGAUGAUGGCGCUAUCUGUUUAGCUAAAUUUUUGGUUGAAAGCAGUUUGGAAAAAUUAGACUUAUCUCAAAAUUCAAUUAACGAUCGUGGUUGUGCAAGUCUUCUUUCCUCCAUUCCACCCACGCUAACGGAUUUAUUGCUUGAUAAUAAUAAAAUAUCAGAAUCAAGUUUGCAAACGAUUCUUAAUUUUCUUGCUGCUAAUCGAACAUUAAGAAAACUUACACUAAGUAAUAAUCCGAUUUUCUUUAAAAAAGGUGACUCAAAUGAAUAUAACGACGCUGUUUCGGAACAAUUAAGUCAAGCUGCAAAACAAAAUAAUAUUUGUGAACUUGAUUAA